AUGGCGAAGGGUAGAAAGAGUGCAGUGCGCGAAAGAAUUCCUUUUCAAGCUUCCAAAACGGUUCAAUUAGGCGCGAGAAAAAGGAAAAACGAUGGCGACAAUAGAGAUGCGACCCUGGUAAAAGUCACCCCAUCAUCACACGAUCUGAAGCAUGUUGCUACUAAUCUACUGAAGGUACGGAUGACACUGCCAGUUUUCAAGUAUAGAAAUGCCAUCAUGGAGCAUCUUGAAGCAAACCAGAUCGUAAUCUUGAUCGGUGAGACCGGUUCUGGUAAGUCCACGCAGAUACCACAAUUUUUGCUCGAUAAAAUUUCCCAUGAUGUAUCUGGUUCUAAACGUAUAGCUGUGACCCAGCCGCGGAGAGUUGCAGCGAUAAAUUUGGCUACGCGUGUCUCUCAAGAAUAUGGUUGUCGUCUAGGUGAUCGUGUUGGGUACUCGGUACGUUUCGAUAAUAAGAGCAGCGCAAGAACAAAACUGAAAUAUCUCACAGAUGGUAUGCUGUUGCGUGAGAUUAUGCUGGACAGGAACCUGUCAGACUACUCGUACGUGAUUAUCGACGAGGCCCAUGAACGGACUAUUCUGACAGACUUGAUCCUCGGAUUUUUGAAGGAGCUUGUAAGCGGGCCAAGACCUGACCUUAAGGUGGUUGUCAUGUCUGCAACAUUGCAAGCUGAAAAAUUUAGCGACUUUUUCAAUGGUGCCCCCAUCCUCUUCGUGGAAGGGCGCAAAUAUCCAGUGCAACGACAAUACUUGAAAGCACCCUGUGAUGACAUUGUCGACACUAUCAUACGCUGUUGCGUGCAGAUCAAUAAUGGGGAGCAAUUGGGUGACAUUUUAUGCUUCAUGCCAGGUCAAGAAGAAAUCGACAAAGCUGUCAUUAUUCUCAAUAAAAUCAGCGAGCUAUUGGGCUCCUCUGUACCGCGACUGGUAGGCUACCCACUCUAUGCUGCGUUACCGCCUGCCGAUCAAGCUAAGGUGUUUCUACCUCUCAAGGGUUUCAAAAGAAAGGUGGUGUUCUCCACCAAUUUAGCCGAAACCUCUGUUACGAUCUCAGGCGUCAAGUUUGUGGUAGACUCUGGACUGCGUAAGGUGAAAGUCUGGCGGCACCAAUUGGGGCUGGCGACACUUCUUACGGUACCGAUUUCUAAGGCAAGUGCGUCGCAAAGAACAGGUCGUGCUGGUAGAGAAAGUGCUGGCAAAUGCUACAGACUCUAUAGAGAACAAGACUACCAAAAGUUACCCAAGCAAACUGAGCCAGAGAUUGCACGUAGUGAGGUAACAUCGCCACUUCUAAUGCUGAAGAAAAUAGGGGUUGAUGAUAUUGUGAACUGGUCGUGGCUGGAAAAUCCUGGCAGAGAGGCCAUCGUACUCGGCUUGCAAGAACUUUACCAACUGAAAGCACUGGACGACUCUGGUAAAAUAACUGAUAAGGGCCAGAAAAUGGCUUUGCUUCCUUUAGCUCCGCAUCUCAGUUCCGUUCUGCUACAGGCCCAUGAUAUGAACUGCUUACUUCCUGUUGUUGAUAUCGUUUCCUGUCUGAGCGUUGAAAACCUUUUGAUGAAUCCGCUACCAGAGCAAAGAGAUGAAGUUAAUGAAAGGCGGUUUGCUAUUGCAAACCAGGGGUCCAAAUUUGGAGACUUGGUCUUGAUGAAGGAGCUGUACAACGCCUAUAUUUCCCUGAGAGAUUCUGAAGAACGAGACGCUUGGUGUCAAGAUUUGUGUAUUUCCAAAAGAGGUUUCAAAAACGUUGUUAAGGUUCGUGCACAGCUUAUAUCAUACAUGGAUAAACUCCUUAAGGUGAGAAUUGAGGAUUUGCAUGAUGCAGAAGAACGAGAUAGUUUUGAUGUCAAAUUGAUCACACAGUGUUUCUUGGCCGGAUUUGCAAAGAACACAGCUAUAGGAAUGCCAGAUAGGUCCUUCAGAACUAGCACUACAGGAGAGACCAUUUCUGUGCACCCGUCAUCAAUGCUGUUCAUGGAUAGAACAUGUCCUGCGAUUUUAUACACUGAAUACAUUUUCACAACCAAGGGUUAUGCGAGGACUGUCAGUCGAUUGGAACUGUCUUGGCUGCAAGAAGUGGUGGGCAUGUCGGGUAUGAAAAUCAGCGCCAAAUAA